GCAACCGUAUGAAAAUAAAAUAUAAACGUAGCCUUCCUUAUUUUCUCUACGAUUACAAAGAAUAACCUUUUUAAUCCAAAAUGAAAUUGAAAAUAGCUUCAUUUAAAGAACCAAAGCAUACUGGAGCCGUUGUUUGCGUUAGUUGGAAUAAUACGGAAGACGUUUUUUCAUGCGGGGACGACCACAAACUUUUAAAAUGGAACUUGGCAAACAGCGAAUGUUUGACUGUGACAACAUUCUCAGAAGAUUUUUUCCCUACUGGAAUGCACCUUUUCCCUAAAAUCAAUGUAUCCAGCAACAAACACCAGCAUGAUGUUAUACUAAUAUCCACUGCGGAUGGCAAAUUUCAUGUGGUUAAUCAUAAUGGGCGAAUUGAGAAAACUGUAAGUGCUCACCAAGGCGCAUGUUUGACUGCGCAAUGGAGUCCUGACGGUGCUGGACUUCUUACUGCUGGUGAAGAUGGAUUCGUAAAAGUGUGGUCCAGAAAUGGUUUGCUGCGCUCCACUGUCAUUCAGUCAGAUAUACCAUGCUACUGUGCUAUUUGGAGUCCAGAUAGUAGCGCAAUCCUGUAUACAAGAGGAAAUGCUCUUGUAAUCAAAUAUUUAAAUAACAGCUCCAAAAUAACAAAGUGGAAAGCCCAUGAAAGUCUUAUUUUAUGUGUUGCUUGGAAUGCAAACAAUAACCUCAUUCUUUCGGGUGCCGAAGAUGGAUUUUUCAAGAUUUGGGAUACCUUUGGCCAGCAAGUGUCCGUGAGUGUGAAACACGACCAACCAAUAACUAGCGUCAGUUGGGCACCUUCGGGGGAUUUAUUUGUAGUCGGCAGCUACAAUUUGAUUCGACUAUGCAAUUCUAACGGGUGGUCGCACUGCUUAGAUCGACCAUCAACAGGGAGCAUUUACAACAUUGCUUGGUCAGCCGAUGGUACACAGCUUACGGCUGCAUGUGCUAAUAGUCAGGUUCUGUUUGCACACAUCAUUGAAAGAGAAUAUACAUGGAAGAACUAUUCUUGUACACAAACCGGCCGCAAGGUGAUUUCUAUAAAAGACAUCUUAACUGACCAAAGUGACGAACUGGAUUUUCCGGACAGGGUGAUACAAAUAGCACUGGAAUUCAACCAUUUAGUUGUUGCUACCAUAAAGCAAUGUUUCAUUCAUAAACUCAAUAGUUGGAAUACGCCUGUUACCUUUGAUUUGAAGGAAGGGACCAUCAGUAUGAUUUUGUUAGCUGAACGGUGUAUCUGCAUCGUUGAAAGAGCUGGUAUUUCAAUCUAUAGCUAUAUGGGCCGCCUUUUGGCAAGUCCUCGGUGGGGAGCCCGCCCAGAGACCGUAGGGCGGGCGGCCAUUUCUCUGGGACCCGACUCUUUAGCUGCCAUAGAUCAAGCUGACAGGAAAACUAUCCACGUAUUCGAAUUACCAACUGGCUUGGUAGUGAGAAGCUCUACAGACAACACGGCUACCAAAAUUAAUCACAAAAUGACGGUGUCCCACAUUGCUCUGAGUCAGACUGGGCCUAUAAACGAAAGGCUACUGGCUCUUUUGGACUAUAAUAGAGAUUUGUAUGUGGUGUCGGUUAAGGAGAAUAAGCCAAAAUUUCUCAAACUUGGCUCCCAAAUCCUAAGCAUAACAUGGAGUGCUGAGACCGAACUUCUAGUUGGAUUAAGAGCUAACUCAGUUGUGGCUUGGUGUUGCCCAAAAGCUUCAACACAACCAGAUUGGCUGGCCCUAACCACUGUAAGCAAGGAGAUUGCUGACCUUGGAAGAAACCCAACACUUAUAAAUGUGGAAGAAGGCGUUGCUCACAUUUGUCGCGGAAAUGGCUCUUUGAUGCAUGUGUCUCUAGUACCAUUCCCAGAGAAACUCUUGAAACACGUUGCAGCAGGCAUGUGGUCGGAUGCUUUACAGCUGUGCCGUACUGUGGAGGAUGAAACUCUUUGGGCAUGUCUUGCAGUACUAUCUUGGCAGCAUCACCAGUUAGCCGUGGCAGAAGAGGCAUUUACGCUGAUCCGCCAAUAUCACCAAGUCUGCUACAUACAGCAUUUGAGGAGUUCUACGCCUGAAAAGCCGUUUUCUAAUGAAAAUGUAAAAGUUCAUUAAUUUUUUAAUCAAUGGAUAUCAGAUAUACACAUAGGCUUACAUAUCACAUAC